ACAGACACAUAAAUUCCAAAAAACAAAAUAAAGUGGAGAUGGUGAUCUCUGGGCAGCAAUGAUUAAGAAUUACAAUAAUAAUAAUGCAUUAUGCAGUGUUCCUCUUACCUCUCCGUCGGUGGAUCGAAUCGCCGCCGCUCUAUUCCUUUCUUCCUCUCUUCUCCGAACAAACACUCUAAUUAAGGCCGUCCUUACCAAAAAUGGCGAUGCCCAGAUUAUCAUUAUCAUUAUCAGUAGCGUCGCUGGUACUGUUUUUGGGGAGAUUAAUCUCAGGUUCCAUGGCAGCAAUUCUUGUCCUCAUUUGGGCCCUCCAUUUCCAGACAAGCUUCCUCCCUUCUCAACAACCUGCAGCUCAUGACCUCAUUUUUGCUGUGUUGCACCCUUUGUUCAUGGUAAUUGGUUUCAUCCUCAUCAGUGGAGAAGCCAUUUUGGUGCAGAGAUGGUUACCUGGUUCCAAAAACCUCAAAAAAUCGAUGCAUCUUAGCCUCCAAGGUGUGGCUUUAGGGUGUGGAAUAUUUGGGAUUUGGACAAAAUUUCAUGGCCAGGAUGGAAUUAUGGCUAAUUUCUACACACUCCAUUCUUGGAUGGGUCUCAUCUCUAUUUCUUUGUUUGCUGCUCAGUGGUUGUUCGGAUUUAUAAACUUUUGGCAUAAACGGGAGGUGCGAACAACGAGGCGGACAUUGCUGCCGUGGCACGUCUUCCUCGGACUUUACACUUACGGGUUGGCCGUGGUGACAGCGGAGACGGGGCUUUUGGAGAAGCUGACGAUCUUACAAGUGAGAGGAGAUGUCCUAAAACGGUGCCCGGAAUCGGCUGUCGUCAACGGCUUGGGACUUUGCUUGGCGCUGCUGAGCAGCACCGUGAUUCUUGCGGCGGUCUCGCCUAGGCGCCGAGGUUUGAAGCGUCGAAAGAUUUUGCAUUUGGACAAUGACGACGGCAGCGACGACAACGGUAACGGAUAUUUUCGAGACAAGAGUGCACAAUUCUUACAUCCUGCGUAAUGUCAAUGUGAAUGUUGGUUAUAUUGGGUUUUUUUUUUUUUUUUUUUUUUUCUUAAUGUAAAGUUUGGUUUUUUGGUUGGAAAAAAAAGAUGUUCUUAUGUUUGAAAGGAGACAGUGCAAGAGAAUGUUA